UCACGAAUAGCGGCCCAGCGAGGAUCAUCCAGGAAGAUAGAUUGAGAAGCAGAGAUGAGUACAAAGGUAUCAGUAGUUUCGGUGCUGAUUACGUUGGCACUGCUCAACAUAGCAACGGUGCAAAGCUAUAAAAUACUCUUUUUGGCACCCUUCAACGGUCCAAGCCAUUGGUUCAUGUUGAAACAUUUCAUUCGGGAGUUGACCAACCGAGGACAUGAGGUGACUUGCAUAACGGGUAUAAAAUUCGGUGAACCGCUUGGAAACUACACGGAAGUUCUCAUCGAUCCCGCCUAUCCUCUUCGUGAUAAAUUUCCAUUAUCGGAGCUAUAUAAUUCACAGAGCUAUAGCAGUGAUUUGAACAAUCUGUUCCUGUAUUGGCGCCUAGGACUGGCUACUAGUCGUCAUGGAUUAGAGUCGGCCAAUGUGCAAAACUUUUUGAAGCGGAACGAUCUUCACUUUGACCUCAUAGUGUCAGAACAGUUCUUCCAGGAAAGUUGGUUGAUGUUUGCUCACAAGUACAAUGCCCCUAUUGUCACCAUCAGCACCUAUGGAUACUCGGAUUUCAUGGAUCGGGCAAUGGGUUUACUAACUCCAUGGUCCUGUGUACCACACAUGCUGUUAGAUUAUGAACAUGGAAUGAACUUCUUCCAAAGAAGCUACAAUGUUCUACUAUCGACAUUUGACUACAUGCUACGAGAGUAUUAUUACAUGCCCGAGAUGAACAAAAUGGCAAAGGAAUUUUUCGGCGAUUUGGAGGAAACAGGAGUUCCGUUACCGAGCGUGCAAAGUUUGGAGAAAUCGAUAUCUGUGAUUCUAGUUAACAGCCAUCCGACUUUGGCUAAACCUCGACCGACUAUGGUUACUCUAGUUAGCAUAGGUGGAGCUCACAUCAGACCACCGAAAGCUCUACCGCAAGAACUGCAACGUUUCAUGGAUGAAGCUGAAAAUGGAGUUAUCUACUUCUCACUUGGCGCCUACAUGCAAAGCUCAGCAAUGCCCAUCGAAAAACGUAAAACGCUGCUAAAAGUGUUCGGUAAAUUGAAGCAACGAGUUAUUUGGAAAUUCGAAACCGAUCAAAUCGGUAACCUACCGAAAAAUGUGAUGAUCAGUAAAUGGGCUCCGCAGAAUGACAUUUUGGCUCAUAAAAAUAUGGUUCUAUUCAUAUCGCAUGGAGGUCAGUUCGGCACCUUUGAAUCCAUGUACCACGGAGUGCCUACUCUGUUUAUACCCUUCUUCGGAGACCAGCACCGUAACGCAAUCCGAGCAGUUAGAAGCGGAUAUGCAUCGAAGAUUCUAUUCGCGGACAUCACGGAAGAGUCCAUUUCAUCCCAAAUCCAUGACUUGCUUUAUACAGAAAAGUAUCGUCGACGAGCCAAAGAAAUAUCUGCUAUGUUCCGGGACACGCCGGUUGAUCCGAUGAAUGCGUCGAUCUACUGGAUGGAAUACGUAACCCGACACAAGGGAGCACCACAUUUGAAGUUCAGUGCCGUUAAGCACUCGGUUUUGGAAUACUUACUGCUUGAUGUACUGGGCGCCGCGGUGUUAGUUUUGGUGCUACUUAUCUUCGUGGUAAGAAGGUGCAUUUGUAAAAAAUCAAAGCAAAUAGUUGAUAAGAAAAAACAACACUGAUGAAGAUAAGUUUACAUACUGCAAGGAAAUAAAAGUGAUGAAAAAUGUGUAAA